AUGCAGGUUGCAGAAAUACUUGCUGAUAUAACCUCUCUCAAAGCUUGUGGCCACGAGGAGGCUCUUGCCUUGGUAAAUGUCCACAAGUCUACAGCACCACCAGAUGACUCUCCGAUCCAACUCAACAAAAGGGAUCAAGACUUGCACCGAGCAAAAGAGCUGGUAAACCUCCACUAUGAAGUCAAGAAACGUUACCAAGACGGCGAAGUGGACGAAGAACUUCGAAGAGCCCGCGAAGAUGUGGACCAAGUCAUUUGGGAUCUGUCAUGA